AUGGCUAUCCUCUCUACUGAAAGCACCAAUGCUUUCCAGGACAUGUUGAAACAGAACUAUGCAACGAUGCAAGCUUCGUUUCAAGAAUCGGUUCAAUCUACCUACCGUGAGGCUUGCCAAGCCCAAGCCGACUCAGGCGACUUCACUUCUUUCCAUCCUGAGCAGCAAGACUGGUCGUGGGACAAUCUGCCGCACAUCCUUUAUCAGCUCAAGCCUACUGGCCCCAAGAGCAAGAUCGAGCCUUCAGAUAUGCCCUACCCCAUUAACGGAAAGGUCCUGCGCGAUAUUCCCGUCUUGCCUGAUCACAUCGCCUCCGAUGUGGACGAGUUCCGCGUGGAAGCUUGGAUGCGUCUUGAUAGACGGAUCCGCCUCAGCGAUAUCACCGAUCGCAUGAGUCCGGAGUUCCGUAUUGCGCCUAACGCACUGCAGCAGCGCGGCGGACGGUUCAGACAGGCGUUCGGCAUGUUGGCCUGGGAUUCAGGCAAUAAGUUGAGUCGUGAGCUUGAGUCUAAAUUGAUGCAGACCUUGAUGGAGCACGGCAUUGACCCUAACCUUAAUACCACUCGAGGACUUACUCCCGGCUUGAUCAUUCCAGCCCUGGGUGAAGCUGGCGGACGGAUCCCUCUCCCACCUACCUACACAUUGGAGAAGCGCAAGAAGCGCAAGCGUUGUAUGCGGGCUACUGGGCCCAAGAAACCUAAGAAGAUGCCCAAGGCACAAGAGCAGAUGCUUGUCAAUACAGCAAAAGAAGCUCUGCGAGUAUUUCAGAAUGUCGGACCAGCCCCAUCUCAGAAUGGAAUCGACAGCGGAGUUCCUACCAACUCUCAGAUCAAACAGCUUAUGAUGCCCGGUGAAAGUGUGUUCGCCGUUGAGAUGCCUGCCCCCGACACAAUUCCCGUCCCAGUUACCGCUAUUGUUCCUGAUGUGGACGAAUCGAAUGUCAAGGAGGACUGGCCAAUGCUUGAUGCAGUCCAGGUCGAGCCACUAUACAAGCUUGUCCCCGCCGAACAGCACUUUGAUCAGCCAACUGGGCCACUGCCCGUGUUCCGGGGUGAGGUCCCGGACAUGGAACUUCCUGGCAACGUGUGCCCGAUGGACCUUGACAUGACCUUGGGUGCGAAAAACCCAUGGAGCGACGGUUACCAAGUCCUGGAGACGGUUGGCCAUUGGACGAAGGUCGAGGUAAAGUCAACCAACGGCCUGAAGCCAGGAAAGUCGGGCAAUCAAACACUCUUCAACCCAUAUGAAGAGAUGCAGCUCCCGACUCCAACCACGGCGCCGUGUUGUGCGGGCAUCAAGGCAAGGCAGCCAACAGGCGGGCUGUUCCUGAUGAAGCCGCCUCUGGCCCUGGAUGCAUUGCCGAACCCUUACCAGGUCGCUUUGUUCAACCAUUGCCUCCGGGAGUUGAAUGUCGGGGAACGUUAUGUCUUCAACCUGCCAUUUUUUGGCCCGUGAACAAGCUUCACAUUAUCGGUC